AUGAAAGUCCUGGUGGACCCAGCAGGAACCGGGCCGCAGUGGUCUGGGGUUUGGUCAUUAUCUGGAUCUCUAUGGCACUUCCCCCGGGAUAAGGAUCUGAUUCUGGGAGGAAAAUGUCUUUAUAGGACCACCUGCUGGGUCAGCUUUGUCCCAGGGAUCACGGCUCGUUCUGGCUCCUUCUUCACAAACCCCUCAUCACUUCAUCAGCUGUGGCCGAGCGGAGACAAAAGACGGCGCACAACUGACGCUAAGUGCGCCCGAGCUCUGGUUGCAGCAGAGAUCCUUUUUUACCCGACUCUCGAGUGUCUGACGAGGGGCCCACUGCCUCCGCUUAAGACUGAAACAGCCUCUGGAAACGACUUCUGCCAAGAGACAAAUUUCACCUUUUGUUCCUGCUUCUGUCUGUGCGCCAACGAUAAUGAAUGCACGUCGUAUGUUCGCGUCUCCUCGUGCGGCGGCCGUUUGUUGUUCCCACGCAUGUCGUCUCGAGUCAACUCCCCACCCUCACACUCCUACCUCAACCACUCCUCCCCUCACAUCCUCCCCUCCACCAAUCCUCCCUCCCCAACUCCCUCCCCUCCAAUUCCCUCCCCUCCACCACUCCUCCCCUCACCAAUCCUCCCCUCCCACCAAUCCUCACCUCCCUUCCACAACUCCCUCCAACUCAUCCCCAACCUAACCCCCUAA